AUGUCGACACUACCUGCUUGUUUGCCAGCGCUUCCAACGUUGGGGAAGGGCUCGUCCCAUGGAAAACCCCUCACCUACGACAAUGAGGGACACAGCGACAAUGUUCUCCAAGUGAAGUGCGCUGAAGGUCUCGAUGAGAUCGUUCGCAGCCUCAUUCACAACGGUGCCGAUGUCAACGAGCAAGGAGGAUGGUACGGCAAUCCUCUCCAGGCUGCUUGUGCAGAAGGCCACGAGAACAUAGCGCGUUCACUACUCGAGAAUGGCGCUCAUAUCAAUGCAAACAUCGGUCAUUACGGUACUUCCCUUCAAGCAGCGUGUGCCGAAGGUCACGAGAGAAUAGUACGCCUGUUACUAGAUCGUGGUGCCGAUAUCGACACAGAGACUGGCUUCUACGGCGGAGCUCUUCAAGCCGCAUCGCUCACAGGGCGCGAAAGCGUCACGCAACUUCUGCUGGACCGCGGUGCCGACGUUAACGCCCGAGGGACAUCGUUCGGUGCUGCACUUCAGGCCGCAUCUUUCGGAGGCCACAAACGCAUCGUUCAGAUGUUGAUUGAGAAGGGCGCAGACGUCAAUGCAAAGGGUAACAGUCGCAGCGCUCUUCAAGCCGCAUGUUGGGAGGGCCAUGUUGACGUUGCGGCAAUCUUGAUCCAGAAUGGUGCGGACUUGGAUGCUUACGACGAACACUACGGCAAUGCUCUGCAGUCAGCUUCUUUCAAAGGCUGCAACGGUAUCGUCCAGAUGCUUCUUAGCCAUGGCGCCAACGUCAACAUGUCUGGUGGGUGGCUUGGUACCGCUCUAGAGUGCGCGCGAAUGGGUGGUUACAAUAAGAUCAUACAGAUGUUGAUGGCGCAUGGAGCACGCCAUUCUUUCUAA